GGGGGCGGGUCCUCCGGGCCGGCAGGGGGCGCGCGGCGGGCGGGGCGGCGCGGCCAUGCCGUACGCCAACCAGCCCACGGUGCGGAUCACGGAGCUGACGGACGAGAACGUCAAGUUCAUCAUCGAGAACACGGACCUGGCGGUGGCCAACUCCAUCCGAAGAGUGUUCAUCGCAGAGGUCCCCAUCAUAGCCAUCGACUGGGUCCAGAUAGAUGCCAACUCCUCGGUGCUCCACGAUGAGUUCAUUGCCCACAGGCUGGGUCUCAUCCCACUCACCAGCGAUGACAUCGUGGACAAGAUGCAGUAUUCCAGAGACUGCACGUGUGAUGAGUUCUGCCCGGAGUGCUCCGUGGAGUUCACCCUCGACGUUCGCUGCAACGAGGACCAGACUCGUCACGUCACCUCCCGAGAUCUCAUCUCCAACAACCCCCGGGUCAUUCCGGUGACAUCUCGCAGCAGAGACAAUGACCCCAAUGACUAUGUUGAGCAGGAUGACAUCCUCAUCGUGAAGCUGCGGAAGGGCCAGGAGCUGCGGCUUCGAGCCUAUGCCAAGAAGGGCUUUGGCAAGGAGCACGCCAAGUGGAACCCCACGGCUGGCGUAGCCUUCGAGUAUGACCCAGACAACGCCCUCAGGCACACUGUGUACCCCAAACCUGAGGAGUGGCCCAAGAGCGAGUACUCGGAGAUCGACGAGGAAGAUGCCCAGGCUCCCUAUGACCCCAAUGGGAAGCCGGAGAGGUUUUAUUACAACGUGGAGUCCUGUGGUUCUCUGCGCCCUGAGACCAUCGUUCUCUCUGCCCUGUCUGGCCUGAAGAAGAAGCUGAGCGACCUCCAGACCCAGCUGAGCCAUGAGAUUCAGAGCGAUGUCCUCACCAUAAACUGAGAUGGCCCCUUGCAAGAAGGCAUGAGCAGUGCACCAGGUUCCUCCCCCUUCUGGCUGGUGACCUCUCUUCCCUGGCUGUCCUUCCCAGGGAAAGCUGUCAGGAUGUGUGGGGUAAAGCAGGAAGGAAAAUGGUAGCAGCUUUGCUGGGACAAGCUUUGUCCCUAAGUGAUCCUAGAGUUUUAGGCCAGAGUUUUGGAUUCCGGCCAUGGGAUUCAGAAGCACAUACCCUGGUUACACAACCCUACCUUAUUUGCAUGUCCCUUCCAUACUGUGCUGAAUAAAGCCUUCCCCCCCC